GAUACCUUUGGUCGCUCUCGGUAGUUUUCGGUAAAGCUCGUGUUUCACCGCCAUCUUUGAACAGAAGCAUCUAUGAGAGUAGAAGACCAGACUGUUUCCUUCUUGUUUUCGUGUUUAUUUCGAAAGGACUAUGCCAUGAAAAGUUAAAGGAACAUUUGGCCGCUGCUGACCACAAAUGGCGGUGAGAAUGAACCAAGAACCCGGCGGGUUCAAGCUUCUGGAGGAGGAUGCUCUGGACGACCGGCCGUGCCAGGCGGUCAAGACGUUCGUCUCCCAGGUGCUUGACCGCAAAGACAUGAAGGACCAGGAGGUGGCCAACAGUUUUCGUAAUCUGAUGGAGUACAGGGACUCAACCUCCAGCCCCAGUGCCUGCAGUGUGGCUACCUCCACCUCAGCCCUGGAUGGAGACAGGCUUAACUCCCCACCGUCUCCCUCCUCGCCUGGCACUGCACCAGCGCCCAUGGAUGACCAGCGGCUGCCCAACGAGCUUCUGGAUGAAAUCUGUGAGGACAUUGGAAUGAAGGAAGGCAUGGAGCUGGACUUUGUGGAGUACCUGAUGGAGCAGGACAGCAACCCACACAUCUACAUGACUCAAGAGGCCAUUAGCUCUGGAGCCUACAACAGUGCUGCUGGUUCUACUAUAUCAACACCGACAGGUAGUGCUAGUGGAGGCUCCAACAGUGGCAGUGGAAGUGGUAGCCAUGGCAGUAACAACAACAACGACACCAACAAAACCCUCACUUUGCUUAACCCACCAACAACUACCACUCCAAACUUCCUAUUCAAACCUAAUUUCAAUGACUCUGAUUGGUUGAACCAGUUUCCAAGUCCCCUGAUCCACUCAGGACAGUCCUCAGGAACCACAACUCUCCAGUCUUCGGAGAACAACAGCCCUUCCAACAAACGAAUUCAUUUAUCUGUAUCAACAGACACUAGUCCUAACAAAGGGCGAUCUCUGACACCACCUGGUUUUAACCAGCAAGGGUAUAGUCAAAUGAACAACCAGAACAUGUUUAAGAUGCCGCAGUCUGGGCCGCUGACCAAAAGGAGUCACUCCUUUCCUCAGGGGGCCCCAGCCUCAUCGCCUGUUCAGUCAACACACUCAAGUAGUAGCCAAGGGUCAAAUACAUCAUCGAAUGGUCACAAUGCUUUCUCCAGACCACAUGAGUUUUCUAUGAACCCUCCGUCCUCUGCUCAGCCGAGUGAUUCGAGUGACCAAGAAGACAAUAUGAUCAAGAAGGUACCAUGCAUAUCCCCUAAGCCGAUAAUGCCUACAUCGUCAACAUCAUGUGACUUCAUCAAGCCAGGUUCUCCAGCCUAUGUCCAGGGCCAGCUGAACCCAGCCUCUAUGGGGACAAGAGAUGGUAGUGUCUUCCAGAGAGUAGGGAAACAGCAGCCUCCACCACCUAAUAUAAAUGUAAAGUCUAUGCAGCAACAACCUCAGAUGCAGCAACAACAACCACAACAGAGAUGGCUUGGUCCCCUUCAGAAGCAGGCCCACCAGCACCCCAAUUACUUCAACAAAGCAAUGUACACCCCUGGACAUUAUCAACCCCAUCACACCCACCCUAACAUGAGCCAUGUCCACAUGCCCCAUAUGGCUGGCCCCCCUGGACCGCACAAUCCCCCCAUCAGAACCCCGGUGGACUCGCCACUUGAUCAAGGGUACUUCUCCAAUGAGUCGGCGGGCAAUUGCAGCAAUGGCUCUGCCCCGUCCCCAGCAUUCACCACAUCCUCCAUCUCCUCCUACUCUUCCAUCUCCACCAUGAUGCCAGCUGACCAGUCGCAGAGCUACCAGAAAAGUUCCAUCAUGCAACAGCAACCACAGCAGUCUCAAGGAAUGACAAAUAAUCGACCUAUGGGUCAGAAGUCUGUUCACUUUGCUGAUUUGCCAGAAGGCAGCCCACCAACAUACAACCAGAAUAAUGCAGUGGGAAUGGAUAUCAAACCCUCCUUUGGUCCUAAUGCCCAGGCGGACUGUGCAUUUGAUGGAGACAGCAAUGGCCAGUCAAAAGGUAUGCAGUCAAUGAAGAUACUUCCAAGGAUAAACCACAACAUGAAGUCUGGGGUGGCCCCUUACACUGUGCCUAAUCCCAUGAUGGGCCCACCAGGCCCUGGAGGAUAUGAUUUUAGCAAUAGGUCUACUUGUGCCAUGAAUGGUCCCAGCGGUGAGCCAGGAAACCCUGAAGCCAUGCAGGAGUACAUGUCCAAGUCCUCUCCAAUCAACGGCAGCAAUAACUCUUUCUAUGUGGACGGGAACCAGAACAUGAUGAGAAUAGACUCUAUGGCAGAAUACCCCCCUCCAUCAGGUGCUCCACCCUCAUCAAUGAUGCCCCAACAGCAAGGUGAAUAUGGUGUUAUGAGGGCUGGUCAGCCAAGAUAUGGAAUGGAUCACCAGUUCACACCAAUGCAACAACAGCAAACAGCCGCCCACUCCCAGCAUGGACCGUCCACAAGCGAGCCCAUGCCUCCACCUACACACCCGCAGAUGCAGUCUAUGCAACAGCAGCAACAUUCACACCAUCACCCAACACACUUCUCUAGCUGCUCUCACAAUGGGCAGGGCAUGGGACCUGAGUAUGGGCCCCAUAUGAACAACAUGCAAAUAACAAACAAUAACACCUCUGGCAAUUUUCAGAUGCCCUUGGCCAUGUCAACGCCUAUAUCUAAUAGAACUGGUCCAAACAGUAGAAUGGGAGGCCCUUAUGGCCAUCAGAUGGGGCCACCACCCUAUGAAAAUUCAUAUGGGCAAGGAAGUCACCCUGAUAUGUAUUCAUCGCAAACUGGACAGAACCAUCAACCUUCUGGUCAGCCAUCAGUGCACAGGGGAUGGGGACCUGCUGGACCACAAAACAUGCAUAGCAACGAGGAGCUGCAAAUUCAAAUCAGCAGCAUGCAUCAACAGAAUGUACCUAUGAAAGCUGGGCUCCAGCCACCACACCCUCAGGGUUUACCUCACAUGCAGCCGAGCCCAACGCCAGGUUGUGCUGCACCUGGGGCACAUAUGCAGGAAAUGAACAUGAUGAACACAGCUGUGCACAUGGGGCCCCCACCACAUGCACACAUGGGAAUGCACCCUGAGUAUGGGCCCUGCAUGGGCAUGAAUUGCAACACUUGUAAAAUGGCCCAGUCGGGAGGUAGUCCAACCCACCCACACAUGGGCCCUUGCACAGGGCCCAGCUGCCCUACAUGUAAGAUGAAUCAAAGCAUGCCAACUUCGUCAAACCACGCAGGCCCAUGUGGGGGUGCAGCAUGCUCUGCCUGCAAAAUGCAGCAAGUCAACCGACCUCAGAUGCUGUCCUCCCAGCAGAAGUUCAUCCAGCAUCUCAUCAUGGAUGAAGGGAACUCUGCGUACAGGUCGCACCCGUUGUUUCCCCUGCUGCGAGAUCUGGUCAUAGCAGAAAUGAACUUUGAUAACCCACGAUUUCAUUAUCAGCAACUGCUGAGCCACCUGCCCAACGACUUUCCAAAACUUUUACAAAACUUCUUACACAGGAACCCACCGACAGGGCAUUACCAGAGCAAUCAGGCAGUUGAGAGUGUGAUUAUGGAUAGCUUACGAUUAGCUCACAGCAACCUUGUAGAUAAAAUUAGGCACAGGCAAGAGAUAGAGAAAAUAAAAGCCAACUCUUCAGCAUCUCUUAGAUCUAUGCAAGAAUUCUGUAACAAAUUUGACCACUCUGUUGGUGCUACUAUGGUGAGACCAGUCCCCAAUGGGGUACAAACACUGACAAUAGGGCAUAACAUGGGCAGUUAUCCAGAGAGUGGCUACAUGCAGCCAGGGAUGUCUCAUGUGAGUUACAGGUCUAUGAAAGAUGGUACAGAGAUUAUGGCAGAGACAUUAGCAGUAGCAAGUCCACAAGCUAAAACUGAGUCAAAGAAACAUCCAAGUUUGCCUAAGGAGGCAGUGAACAUGAUGAUGGAGUGGCUACGUAAUCACAAAGACAAUCCCUAUCCAAAUGAUGAUGAAAAAGCAAUGCUCAUCAAACAAACUGGACUGUCCAUCAACCAGAUCAACUACUGGUUCACCAAUGCCAGGAGGCGUAUUCUCCCCAAGUGGGCGCAGUGCAAGACUUGAGAGAGAUUAGUUUCUCCCUAGAACUAGAUCUGGCUGUUCAGUCAUUUGAACUCAAACGACUUGUUAGGAUUUGACUUGUUAUAGGAUUGUUAUCUGUUUUAAUACAAUGUCACAACUUGUAAUGACUUCACAAACAUUUGGCUAUCAUAUAGGAAAACAUAAGAAAUCAAAGUAAAUGUUAGAAAUUGAUUUCUUUCAAGCCUGUUUUAACAGUUAAGCAUUUAGCUAUUAGAUUAAAAGUUUUCUGUUUAAAUCAUGGUGAGGGAUUUGCAGAUGCAUAUUAAAAGUGCAUUUGAGCUUAUAGCUCAGCACAACUCUGAAUUACAAACCAUCGGCUGUGGAUAGAUAAAAGGGACAAGACCUUAUGUCUUUGGUCACAUUGGCAGGGGAAGAAAGGUAACCUUCCUCCAUUAAUCCAUUGAAGCCAAAACAUUUUUUUCGAACAAUGUGCCAGUAAUUACAUAAUCAACUGCACUUUAACAAUAAAUACAAGGAAAUGUUAUUACCAAUUGUUGGUAUAAGCAGUUUAAAUUUUAUUUUAUUUUUUGUGGUUUAAAGCAGAAAAACAAACAUAUUGCCUUGAUUAGCAACCUUCAUUUCAUUUGAAGUGUCAAUACAGAGAAUGAAAGUCUAUGCAAUAAAUGGCAGGUUCAUUUUGUGUCUAGUUUUCAGUGCCUCAAUAAUAGACAAUUGUUGACAGAAUAGCCUAACGAUUUCUUCAUAAUAAGUUAACCACCUCAUAAUAAAUGUUUUAAAAAAAAGUUCAAUUGUCCAUGGUCACUAGAGAAAUUAAAUUUUAGACACAAACCAGCCAUUUUUACUUCUCAAUCAAAAAAUGUUUUAUUUCGGGCCAUUGAAAUCAACUAAAUCAAAAUGGAUAAUGAAAUCAUAUCAAUGUAACUGUCUUUUCAAAUCCGAAUUAAAAUUUCAUCUUUUAUUUAGGAACAAAAUGAUAUUAUGUCCAUCUGUCUUGUUGUUUUUUUUAACAUCUUUAAUGAAUUUACCUUGAAAUAAGAAGCACAAAAUAUUUUAUUUCAGAGCAUCUUCUGUAUUUUUUUUUUUAAACUUUACAGAACAAUAGAAUAGUUUUAAUGUUUUUAAAUGCUAAUUUAAAACUAGCAACAUAUAAAAAUUUUUGAACAAAAAAGUUGAAAAAAUUUUUAGACCAUGAUGUGUUUGUUUUUUUUGUGUACAUUUUUACAUGCAUAUCUUUAAGUUCAUUUUAUCACCAGUUUUUUAUUCAGUGAGAUAGAAUAUUUAUCAGUGCUAGAACUAAGCCCUGUUUGAAAGAAUUCGUUUUCUUUAUUCUUGGUGAAAAUGUGUUCUCAGGCAUCAAAAAGCAAAGGCACUUUUAAGUCUCAACUGUAUCAAUAGAAAUCUUCUGAUUUGAUUGUUUCUAUGAAAACCACAUGAGGCAAGAAAGAACCUGUGUACAAAUCCUAUAUCUCCCUAUGUAGUUAGUUCUUUUCCUAGUAUUCAACUGUAUCACUUGUAAUAGAUCUUUUUUAAGUACCUUAAUAUAUAUAUAUAUAUAAAAUAUAUGUUUUGUCCAUAUUGACUCCAUGAUUUAACUAAUGUACAUAGUGUUAUAUAUAUAAAUAUACAUAUAUAAUAACAAAACAAGCAACAUGGUAUCCCAUAAUGUUUUUAUAUGUUCUAGGUUCACAACAUAAUUGUGUACAGUAUAUUUAUAUCUAUAUAGCUGUAUUAUGUGCAGAGUCUCUUUUACUUGGUAACAGAGUUGAAUGUGUGUUCAAGAAUGCAGAGAUCAUUUCAGUCCCUGAAACUUUGAAGAGUUCCUUGUGUACAUACUCUCCCUCCACAGAGGAUUAAAAAAAAAAACUUGUGUUCAUUGACAAAUGCAGUCAAAUCAGUUCUAGUUUUGUAUGGUGAGAAUCUUGAAGUCUAGUAACAUAAUAGUUUAUUUGAUCUCAUCGAUUGAUAGUUUUUUUCUUUCUUGCUCAAGGAUGAGCGCAGUGUCACUUCCUUUGGACACUAAAGACAGAUGCCACUUCAUUGUAGCUCCAGAAGUUUCUUUCAGUUUUGAUUGUGAACAUUUGUGUGAGGACAUACAGCCAAGAAUCUCUUGUGCUGGCUUGAGCAACAGGGAAAUAGUUUUAAUAACAAGUAUUUGCCCACGUUUGUAAACUUUCAUCAUUUUAACAUUAAAUACUUCUAUUUUUCUAGAACAUAAAACUAGAUUUAAUUCUAUGUAUACAAAUUACGGUACAGUAUUUAAAAAAUUUUUUUUUUUUCUAGAUUCUAUACAUUUUGUUUUUCUUGAACUUCAGAGGGAGAGGAAGCUAGAUCUAUGAGUUUAGAUUCUUGGGCUUAAAGCCAAAUCUUUUUUUCUAUACACUUUCAGUGUCAGCACUACAUGGCAUGUCCCCAAUCAUUGUUUCCUGUUGGGGACUGUUGCUGUCUACUUUGUUCCCGCCUCUUCAUAUCUUGUGUAUGUUUGUGUACCAGUGCCAUAUUUCUGAGAGAAGGAAGCUAAUAGCCCAACACCAUACAAUAAUAAAUUCUUGGUUUCUCCGUCCUUACUCUCAUGUAUAGAGUAGUGAAGAAAGCGCCUUAUUUCACUUUUUCCCACAAUUCAUCUUCCAUUAAAUUUUGUUUCGUUUCUCCUAAGAUCAUGCCCAUUUUUAUCUCUCUAAAUAAUAUGUUAAAUUAAUUUUUUUAAAUAUUUUUUUUUUUAAAUGAAUGUCUUUUUUUUGUUUGUUUGUUUUUGUAAUUUGAAAAGAAUUUGAAAUAUAUAUGUACAUAUACAGCGCUACUUAAUGUGGAUAUAAUAAUUAAUAUAAUUGUUUCCAUUUUUUUUUUGGUAUAAUGAUAUAAAUGCACUCCAUAAUUUUUUGGAAGAGUACAAACCACUCUAUAAUGUUAUCAUUCUGUACCCAGCAGGUACAGAGCAGUCCAUUGAGCUGAGACCUUGUGGUUGUGUCUUGUGUUGUGAUGAUCACUUACUAUGUACUUGUCUAGUGGCCUUAACCUUCACAUGUUGUGCUAUACACCCAUCCACCCCAAUAUUUUUUUUUUUUCUGUUUGUCUUAGCAAAACUACAAACCAACUCUAGUGCCUUUUUCAAGUGAUAUCUUAUUUCUCUGUUCAUGUUAACUAAGUCUACUGUGUGUUUUUGAAGCUUACUGUAUGUUUUAUAAGCCCUCAAGUGGACUGUGUCUAUCAAGUAUAUUUAUAUACCGUAUAUUUAUAUGUAGGUAGUUAGUGAUGUCACUAGGUUGAGCACUUGUGUAAAAUACCCUAUUGCUUCAGUUCAAACUUAAUUUAUUAUCAAACAUAGAUCUGAACUUUUGUACAUUAAGACCUUUAUGUAGUUUUAAAAACUGCCCAUUUUUUUGUGUAUUAAUGGCAUCUUCAUUUUCAGUCUACUUAACUUGGCAUUUUAGUAUCAACACUUUUUUACAAUCAAACAUUUGGAUCUAUUUCAACUCUUGGAAUCUAUGUAUUUUGUAAUUCUAGGUUUAUUUGAUAUGUGUAAAUAUAAACUUAAAAAAAAUGGAGAAAAAAAAAAAGCCAAAAUGUAAAGAAUCAUUUGACAUUUUGUGAUUCAGAAUGUAAAUAAAAAAAAAUUUGGGGAUUUUGACCACUCGCCUUUCUGCAUUUUAUUUGGAACUCUUGCCCUCCACAAUGUUUCACUAUUACUGCUUGCUGCAACAGAUUUGAAACUGUUCAUUUUGAUAGAGUUGUUUUUUUUUUUACAUUUUUUAAAACUAUUUUUGUCCAGAACAAAUCGAGUACGUCAUUAUUUGUGUCCACCAUUUGUCUAGAGCAGCUGUGUUAGACAAUGUGUGAAGCGUGUGUCACUUUGAGUUCACAAACAAACUAUAAUACAGUUCAUGAAUUUGAAAAACUUG